GAAGAUGGCGCCGUGAGCGGGUCGGAGCCGCCGCCGCCCCCGGCCGCUGGAGGGACAGCAUGGCAGCCACGGCCGCCGUCAGCCCCAGUGAAUACCUGCAGCCCGCCGCCUCCGCCGCCCAGGACUCCCAGCCCUCUCCCCUGGCCCUGCUGGCAGCCACAUGUAGCAAGAUCGGUCCCCCCGCCGUGGAAGCCGCCGUGACGCCGCCGGCCCCUCCGCAGCCCACCCCUCGCAAACUGGUGCCCAUCAAACCCGCCCCGCUGCCCCUGGGCUCGGCCAAGAGCAGCAUCGGCAUCCUGUCCUCCAAAGGGAACCUCUUCCAGAUCCAGGGUUCCCAGGUGGGCACCUCCUACCCCGGCGGGCAGCUGGUUUUCGCCAUCCAGAACCCGGCCGUGCUCAACAAAGGCUCGCGCUCUUCCUCCUCCUCCUCCUCCUCGUCCUCCUCGUCGUCCUCCUCCAACAUCCAGUACCAGGCCGUGCCCCAGCUGCAGCCCGGCGGGGCUCAGACCAUCCAGGUGCAGCCCAACCAGAUCCAGAUCAUCCCAGGCACCAACCAAGCCAUCCUCACGCCUUCCUCUUCCUCGCACAAACCCGUGCCCAUCAAACCGGCGCCGGCGCAGAAAGCGGCGUCGGCAGCGGGCGGCGUGGUCAAACUGCCCGGGGGUGGCAACGUCACCUUGACCCUGCCCGUCAACAACCUGGUGAGCUCCGAGGCGGGCGGCCAGGCCCAGCUGCUCACGGACAGCCCUUCCAAACCCGGCAAAAAACCUCGGAAAAAGGCUCUGUCCCCCGCCCAGCCGGCCGCCGUGGCCGUGGCCGAGCAGGUGGAGACGGUGCUGAUCGAGACCACGGCGGAGAACAUCAUCCAAGCCGGUAACAACCUGCUGAUCGUGCAGAGCCCCGGCUCGGGGCAGCCGGCGGUGGUGCAGCAGGUGCAGGUGGUGCAGCCCAAGCAGGAGUCGCAGGUGGUGCAGAUCCCGCAGCAGGCGCUGCGCGUGGUGCAGGCCGCCUCGGCCACGCUGCCCACCGUGCCCCAGAAAUCCUCCCAGAACUUCCAGAUCCAGGCGGCCGAGCCCACCCCCACCCAGAUCUACUUCAAGACCCCCUCUGGCGAGCUGCAGACCAUGCUGCUCCAGGAGACCUCCUCCGUGCCCGUGCCUCCACCUCUGGGCACGUCCUGCGGCAGCCCCGCGUCGCGCAGCCCCGGCCCCGGCGCCGGCCGCAAACCGGCCCCGCGCAAGGAGCGGCCGCUGCCCAAGAUCGCCCCGGCCGGGGGCAUCCUGAGCCUGAACGCGGCACAGCUGGCGGCAGCUGCCCAGGCCAUGCAGACCAUCAACAUCAACGGCGUCCAGGUGCAGGGAGUCCCCGUCACCAUCACCAACACCGGAGGCCAGCAGCAGCUGACGGUGCAGAACGUGUCCGGCAACAACGUGACCAUCAGCGGGCUGAGCCCCACCCAGAUCCAGCUGCAGAUGGAGCAGGCGCUGUCCGGGGAUGUCCAGCCGGGAGAGAAGAGGAGGAGGAUGGCCUGCACCUGCCCCAACUGCAAGGACGGCGACAAGCGGCCGGGCGAUCCCGGGAAGAAGAAGCACAUCUGCCACAUCCCCGAGUGCGGCCGGACGUUCCGGAAGACGUCGCUGCUGCGGGCGCACGUGCGGCUGCACACGGGCGAGAGGCCCUUCGUGUGCAACUGGGUGUUCUGCGGCAAGCGCUUCACGCGCUCCGACGAGCUGCAGCGGCACGCGCGCACCCACACAGGUGACAAACGCUUCGAGUGCGCGCAGUGCCAGAAACGCUUCAUGCGCUCCGACCACCUGACCAAGCAUUACAAAACCCACCUGGUCACCAAGAACUUGUAGGAUCGGGACAGAGAGAGAGAGAGAAAGAUUCCCUCCCAUCCCAAAUCCCGGGAGGGACCACGGGAACCUUCCCCACCCUCCCGACCGUGCACAGCACCCCCAAAAAAAUGGGGUGGGGGGUCCCUGUGACCCCCCACAGGCUCAGGGGGGGUGACCCAGAGCCCCUCCAGAGCCCCCCAGGAUGUGGGGCAGGAGAAGGGGACGCCCAAGAGGCUCCACAGCACAUUCCUACUUUAUAUUUAAAGUCUAUAAAUAGCUAUAAAUAUCUAUAUAACCCCUUUGGAAAAAAAUCCCUGUUUUUCUAUGGAGAUCGUUGCCUUACACUCCCCCUCUCCCAGAUCCCGACCCUGUGGAUCAUGAGUGCUUUUUUUAAAAAUCUAUUUAAUCCCCUGGAUUUUCUCUCCCAAAACUCAAUUUUUUAUUUUUUUUUU